AUGAGUAAAGGCGGUGUGAGUAAGAGAGAAGAACAUUUCGAGCAAUAUUUUAAAAAUCAAAAAGUUCGAAAAGCUUUUAUUGUAGGCAAUAGAUAUGGUGGCGAAUUAAAAUGUGAUAUUGAUGCAACUAAAUUUUCAGAGAUAUUAAAAAGAAAGUGUGGAUUUAAAAGAACACACGAAGGAGGUGCUGAUAAUGAUGACUAUUACGAAAACGAAAUAAAAUUAAAGGAUGGCUUGGUACUAUUAAAAAACACUUCAGAUUUAUUAUCUUUAUUUAAAAAAACUUCAGUUGAAUUUAUAUUUUAUUUUUCAGGUCAUGGCGUUGUAAAUGAAAGAAAUGGAUUAAAAUUAAUGCAAGAGAAUGGCGUUGGAGUGGAGCUUGAAAAGCUGGUUGAAGCAUUGGAAAGUAAAGAAAAAGAAAUUUCUGACGAGUGUAAAGAAAAACUGAAAAUGACCACAUCAUUUAGAAAGUUAUUUAUUUUAGAUUGUUGUAGAAGUAUGGAGCAAACAAAAGAAGAAGAUGGUAUUAAAAAGUUAUUUGAAGAUCCAUCAUAUAGAUUUAAAGAGCACAAGAAUACAGCAUUUUUAUAUUCAAGUAAUAUUGGAUUUCCAUCAUUUACAUUUUUAAAUCCUUAUUUCAACAAUGAAUUUAACAAUCCAUAUGGGCUAUCAGUAUUAACCUCCUCACUUAUUCAAAGAAUUAAUUCAAUCAGAUCACCAGGUAGAGAUUUAAUUAAAACAGUUUCAAUUAUUCAAAAAGAUUUAUUGGAAAGAUAUAUAGCAUUUAAAUCAUAUUACCAAUUCAAUCAGAAAUCAAUUAAAGAUGGUAAUUUUGUUGAUGAAAAUAAUUUCGUUAAUGAUAAAGAGGCAAAGAAUUUCAAAGACGAUCAGGUUAUUAUUGAUUAUAAAAAUCAAGUAUUAAGCACAUUAAAAGACAAAGAGACUAACAUCAAUGAUUUACCAACAUAUGAGGUGUUUGAAAGAAUAGUUGCAGAUAAAUUCAAUAUUUUAUUUGGUGAUAUUACAGUUGGUAGAUUUGUUUUCGUUGAAGGUCAAGAGGCAGAAUCAGAAAAAGAUAAAGAAAUAUUAGCAUUAAAACAACUUGUAGAUCAACAAAGAGAAGAAAUUGAAAGAUUAAAGUAUAAUAGUGACCAAAUGGACACUAAAUAA